GGGGUGGGUGGGGGGGGGGGGGGGGGUGACCAUGAAACUGCUCCCCAGCGUCGGCUGUCAUGGCUCGAGUUCUGUGUUUAUUUACAUGCAGUGCCGGCUCCCUGGGGGUCCACAAUGGAGCCAGAUUGACAACCCCCACUGUUCACCUCUUAACGGCUUUCUGUUAAACUCUGUGCCUUAACAUCUCCGAGCACGUCCUGAAGUGCUCACACUUAUUGUGAUUUAUUAUCAUUAUUAUUGUUAUUUGUACUAGUUUUAUAUCCUGCCUGACAACCAGUCAAAACUCGUCUCCUGCCCUACCAAAUCCUUACCUUUUGAAACUUCUCCUUUCUGUAAAUACCGUUUUCUCUUGCUGUAAUCUUGCAUGCACAUGAAUUAUUAUAUUAUGAUGCCAAAGCAUUGUUUAUUGUUAUUAUUAUUAUUGUUGUUGUAUUCUAUUCUGUUGUGUAUUUUUUCCACAGUCCGGAGAUUGUAAAAUGUUUUAUCAUUUUGAAUAUAUCAUUUUGCCGUUUGACUCCUUUGUCUCUUGGUUUGUUUUCUUGUCCUGUUCACCCUGGUGUGAAAUCUCCUUGAGGGGGUGAUCAGUGUCCUGCUGUUAGGAGGGAAUACAGGGGUGGAAAUAAGACUCCUGUUCCACCGCAGUUUCACACGUUCCAGGUUUUACCUGAUUAGCCCCGGUGUGUCUUAUUGAACUCGUAGUAAAACCAGGAGUGGAUCACACUGCUUUCCAAUGGGAGUCUUAUUUCCAUCCCUGCAAUAAUGGAACUACAGUCAGUAAAGCACAGGAACGAGGCAGAGGAACAUGCCACAGCGAUGCCAUUAUCACGACUGGGCUGCAGCUUUAUAAAAAGUGAUUUAUUUAAUGAUGGCUGUUUGUGUGAAAUAAUGCUGGACACAAAGCAGAGUGCUGAAUCAAACCACGACUGAUCUCCUGUAUUCACGUACACACAGUGCUGAAUCACAGUGAGAGUCAGAUCAAACCAUGACUGAUCUCCUGUAUUCACACACACACACACACACACACACAGAAACACAAAGAGGCUGCGUAGGUCAGCUAUAAACCCUGCCCAGUCAAACUCAUUGUGUUCAGAGUCACAUGCACUCCACGCCGUUCUAGCAGCGUGGAAAGGGAAAGGAGGAGUGAGAGAGAGGGAGCAAAGCUGUGGAACCGAGGGGAACGAAGGUCAGAAAGCAGAGCAGAAUUAAACCCGGCUGCAGAGAACAGAGCAGUGUCGUGUUGCUGUCUGAGAGGUAGCUCGGAACUGGACAGGUGAACCUGAAGCAAGCUGGAGAAAAAGAACAACACGAAACAGGACUGAAAACAGAAGCAUAAUCUUCUGAAUAAAGGAAGGACUGAAAAUAUUAAACAAGGUGGCUGUGAAACUAAAAACUCUUUAAAGAAGGACUGUAUACCAGCUGUGCAGAGUGGUUUGUCUCCCCCUGCUCCUCCUCUGGUCUCGGGGACCCUGUUGCCCUCCCCCCAGAAUGCAGCCCCAGCGCCCCGUGCCCCAGGCCGCCCCCUCCUCCCUCGGACGAGGCUUUCGGGACAUGGCCCUGGGAUUCGGACACCAAAAGAACCUACUGGGAAUGAACGUGGGCUACAGUCUCAUCCAGUCUGCCAAGGAGUGCCUCUACUUCCUGCUGUGCUGCUGGUGUAUCAAGGAGCUACUGGACUGAGCCGGACCGGCACGGUUCUGGCAUACUUCUGCAAAGCCCUGGCUCGCUUCAACCCGGUUCUGACCCGCUUUACCACAGCUGUGGCCCGUUUCAGCGCAAGCUUUAGCCCAGUCCUAGCAAGCUUCGGAAGAGCCUUGGCACGCUUCACCACCACCAACCGCUAACGGAUGGAUGCCCCAAUACUUUCUGCAGGGCUUCUCCACUGCCACAACUGUCAAAAAUAAUAAAGAAAAUUAG